GCGAGAAGAGGCGGUUUCGUAGCGGAGCCCUCUGGCUGAGUGUCUGAGGAUCCGCCGCCGGAUCCGCGGACGGUUUACUGAGCCCGUUAGUACCCCUGCUGAGACUCACGUCGCCGUCAUGUCCCGCUACCUGCGCCCCCCCAACACAUCUCUGUUCGUAAGGAACGUGGCCGACGAUACCAGGUCCGAAGAUUUACGAAGAGAAUUUGGUCGUUAUGGUCCUAUAGUUGAUGUGUAUGUUCCACUUGAUUUCUACACGCGCCGUCCAAGAGGAUUUGCUUAUGUUCAAUUUGAGGAUGUCCGUGAUGCCGAAGACGCUUUACAUAAUUUGGACAGAAAAUGGAUUUGUGGACGCCAAAUUGAAAUACAGUUUGCACAGGGGGAUCGGAAGACUCCAAAUCAAAUGAAAGCCAAGGAGGGGAGGAAUGUAUACAGCUCUUCACGCUAUGAUGAUUAUGACAGAUACAGACGUUCUAGAAGCCGGAGUUAUGAAAGAAGAAGAUCAAGAAGCCGGUCCUUUGAUUACAACUAUAGAAGAUCUUAUAGUCCUAGAAACAGUAGACCGGCUGGAAGACCACGGCGUAGCAGAAGCCAUUCCGACAAUGAUAGAUUCAAACACCGAAAUCGAUCUUUUUCAAGAUCUAAAUCCAAUUCAAGAUCACGGUCCAAGUCCCAGCCCAAGAAAGAAAUGAAGGCUAAAUCACGUUCUAGGUCUGCAUCUCACACCAAAACUAGAGGCACCUCUAAAACAGAUUCCAAAACACAUUAUAAGUCUGGCUCAAGAUAUGAAAAGGAAUCAAGGAAAAAAGAACCACCUAGAUCCAAAUCUCAGUCAAGAUCACAAUCUAGGUCUAGGUCAAAAUCUAGAUCAAGGUCUUGGACUAGUCCUAAGUCCAGUGGCCACUGAUAGUAUAAACCUUGAUAUUUUUAGGCAUGUAUCAUUCAUUUACUCAUAGUUUGGUUUACUUAAAUUAUCAGGAAUACAAUGUUGCAAUGAUGCUUAAAAAACACUUGUCAGUUUUCCCUGUACCAGGCAAAUGGUUAUAAUUAAAAUGAUAUGCUGUUGAGAAGCCACUCUUAAGAGUCCAGUUUGUUUAAUGUUAUGGGCAGCUACCAAUUUGUGGUGUCUCUGUAUAUUUUUGUAAAGAUUCUCAUUUUUUAUGCUUGAAGUAUUGGUGAAAAGAUGUUGGUUGACCAUAAUUUGCAACAUUGUCUUAUUAAAAAUAAACUUUCAUAUCCAUAUUUGGUAGAACUGUUAACUAGAAAUGUAGCUUGCUAAUAAGAUAGAAUGAUACAAAAGUGAAGUUGUAGCCACAGUACAACACUGACUGAUCAGACACAUUUAGGUUCAGGGUGGACCUUUUUGUCUUGUUAAGAUGUCUAGGCCCGUGAUAAUAGUUAAUUUAUAACAGAGCGUGGAAUAGUUCUUUUGUUAACCCCACUGUCUUGGGGAAUGAUGCCAGCUGGGUUAAGUAGGAUUUGGGGGAAGAUUGAGUUUUUGACUGAAACAUGGAGCCUUCACUGCUUUUUUCUGGUUUCUUUGAAGAUUUGGAACAUAUAAACAUCAGAAGAUCUCACCUUAAAAUUUGAGCAGGUCAAUGAUGGCAGAAAUAAUUUUAAGGGGGAAAAAAAAUGCUCUCAUGUAGUUACUCUCAACUUUAAGGAGCAUUGUUGGUCAUAUUGCUUAGUUUUCUUACUGCUGUUAAAAAGCAGCAAGUAAAUUGUUUCAAAGUAGAUUUUGUUUAUGCAUAUGCAUAGUGUAAAAGAACUGAAUUUUGAUGCUUGUAGCACUCGGUCUGUGCAUUUGUAUCAAAAUUUGCCUACCACUUUAUGAAGGAGGCUUGUUCUUCACACCUCAGCUUAUUUCACGUGAGGCAAGUUGAAAGAGAACACUCCCAUUCUAGGUGAUUCUGUGGUGCCGUGAAAUUUAAAAUAUUUUGGAAAAAGAUUAAUUAAGAGUCACAUCUCUGAGUUUGAUUAUCAAUGUAUAGUACCUGGCAGUACCUGACUAAAAAAGAAAACAAGACCCUAACCAUUUAUAAUUCCUAGCAUUUCUCUGAGAGAUCGUUUGGGGGGAGCAAUAAAAGGGAAACGUCCAAUCUCAUUUCAGAAUAAAAGCUAGCAUCUUUAAAAUUUUUAGAUUGCUUGCUUGCAGGUGUGAGUAAGAAAUAUUGUGGGGAAACGAUUCCUUUUAGAGGAUUACUUUUUUUCAAUUUUGGUUUUAGUAGGCCUUGCCUGUAAAGAACAAAAAGAUGGUUUUUAAAUACUGUUUGUGGAAUGUGUUUAAAGGAUUGAUUCUAGAACCUUUGUAUAUUUGAUAGUAUUUCUAACUUUCAUUUCUUUACUGUUUGCAGUUAAUGUUCAUGUUCUGCUAUGCAAUCAUUUAUAUGCACGUUUCUUUAAUUUUUUAGAUUUUCCUGGAUGUAUAGUUUAAACAACAAAAAGUCUAUUUAAAACUGUAGCAGUAGUUUGCAGUUCUAGCAAAGAGGAAAGUUGUGGGGUUAAACUUUGUAUUUUCUUUCUUAUAGAAGCUUCUAAAAAGGUAUUUUUAUAUGUUCUUUUUAACAAAUAUUGUGUACAACCUUUAAAACAUCAAUGUUUGGAUCAAAACAAGACCCAGCUUAUUUUCUGCUUGCUGUAAAUUAAGCAAACAUGCUAUAAUAAAAACAAAAUGAAGGAAAUAAUGAUUAACUGGAAUUAUUAUAGUUUUCAAUGAGAUUCUAAAAUAACAAUGGAAACAAUUCUUUGUAGAUUUAGGAAUAUUUUUAAUCAGUGUUGCACUAGGCACAACUAACUUUUCUUUGGAAGUGAUAGAACUUGCCAGAAAGGUACAUCUUUUAUAUACUACUUAAAAAUUCCUUAUGUAAUGUCAGAGUUGUUUCAUGAUUGCUUAUUAAGCCCCUUGGGUUAAAUAACAGAGAGAUUAU